AUGGCCAGCCUACCGUCCUCGUCCCGUGAUACAGGACUGCGAAGACAGAUUCCACAGAGCACCUCGGCAUCAAUUGAACCGCCUCCGCAGAUUCGUACGGGCUGGCUCUGGAUAGUUGGUCUGUCAGGCUUCUGCUUGUCCAUAUAUUGCACUUCUGUCUUCCUUGGUUGGAAGGCUGCAUGGAAGAAGUCUGAAGAGCUCGAAUUGGAGCAAGAUGCCGAUGUUUCCGAUCGCUACAAUAAUAUUGCCACUCGUUACGAUGAAGAUAUUGAUACAAUGGAGAAGGUGAUGCGGUUGGAUGGGAAGAGAAAGAAGCUGUGUCAAAAAGCCAAGGGGCAUGUGCUCGAGGUCAGUGCUGGCACAGGCAGAAACGGUGGGUAUUACGAUUUAGGGACAUAUGGCGAGGGUGGUGAAACCGGCAGGGUCAAAGCAAAAGGCAAGAGAAUCAAGAGCAUGACGUUUGUGGAUCAAAGCGAGAAGAUGUUGCAGAUAUGUUCUAAGAGAUGGAAAGAGCAACAUCCCAAGUUCAGGGGCCGAGUGGAAUUUGUGGUAGCCGACGCAGGCGUGAAGAAAGCCAUUACCCCUCCUCCUGGGAGUACUGGAUUUGAUACAAUCAUUCAAACCUUUGGGCUUUGCAGUAUAACAGACCCUGUGGAGUACAUGAGGACGAUGAAGGACCUACUCAAGAAGCCAGGCCCGAAUGGGACAGAAGGCGGUCGUGUACUUCUACUGGAGCAUGGCAGAGGCCAUUACUGGUGGAUCAAUUAUGUUCUGGACGGCUUGGCUAAAGAGCAUGCUGACCGAUUUGGCUGCUGGUGGAAUCGAGAUAUUGGCAAGAUCGUGAAGGACAGUGGGUUACAAAUUGCAGGGUUGAAAAGGUACCACUUUGGGACUACUUGGGCCUUGGAGCUCACACAUACCGGCGUUGAAGAUACCUUUGAUAAGGAAAGCAAGAAGACGAACUGA